AUGGGACCAACUAGUCACAUUCUCUCCGAUGUACGCAUUUUCACCGGAACUGACACUAUCGACGUGGGCUAUAUCGUUGUCAAAAACGGACUCAUCUCAAUCGUUUCUGCCGGCCCACCACCAGUCAAUGCCGAUGUCCCCAUCAUCUCUAAGCCUGGACACACCGUAGUUCCCGGCUUCAUCGACGCGCACAUCCACGCCGACAAGGGCCAGGAACUCGCACUAUACCAGUCCCUCAAGUUCGGCAUCACCACCGUCAUGGAUAUGCACAACGAGACGGUCAACGUGCACAAGCUGAAGAACCUCGCGGCUGACAAAAGAGACGAAGCCGCCGACUUCAAGGCCGCCGGCUUGGCAGCGACCAUUGACGGCGGGUGGCCCAUGGCCGUAGUGACUGCGCACGACAAAAGCGAAGAGACAGCCGCUGAAAUUGCAACCUGGCCUAAACUCACCUCCCCUGCCGACGCCGACGCCUACGUAGCCCGCAAUCUGUCUCCCGCAGGAGGUGCAGACUACACCAAGCUAAUGCACGAGUCCGGUGCCGCCAUGGGGCAAGUCUUCCCCAAGCCAUCGCUCGACAUCCAGAAGGCCGUGAUCACCGCAACCCACGCGGCAGGGCACGUCGCCGUGGCGCACUGCCUCUCGCGCGGCGACACGCUGGAAAUGCUGUCGCUGGGGAUCAACGGGCUAGCACACACGUUCAUAGACGAGCCCGUGAGUCAGGAGAUCGUGGAUGGGUACAAGAAGGCCGGGGCAUGGUGCAACCCGACGCUAGCGGUGUUGGGGAGCUUCACGAAGGAAGGGGCGGCGCUCGCAGAGCGAUUUGCGAAUGAUGAGCGGGUGAAGAGUAAGCUAACGGAGAAGGGCCAUGCGACUCUGUGCCAGUGCAUGGGGUUUUCGCGUGAGGGGGCUACGGUAGAGAAUGCUUAUGGGACGGUGCGGAGGUUGAAGGCUGAGGGGGUCCCGAUUAUUGUACUGGUUAAGGUGCGAGUUAUGGUGUUGACGCUUCUCAGGGGCUCUGAUUCUGCUGGGCCGGGCUUGGGAACGGCAUGGGGUGUGUCGUUCCACCAGGAGUUGUAUCUGCUUGUCAAGGAGUGUGGCUUCUCGCCCAAAGAGGCUCUCCACGCUGGGACAGCAUUGACCGCUAAGCUCUUUGGCUGGAAGGACCGAGGACAGCUUGCUCAAGGACUCAAAGCCGACAUUGUUCUGCUUGAAGGGAAUCCUUUGGACGACAUCGAUGCUACCCUCAAUAUUAGGGGUGUCUGGCGUGACGGCAUUCUGGCCAAGGACUUCCAGAAAUAA